AUGGCUAUGAAAACAAAAUCAACACCACCAACAACAGAGAUGACUCAGAAGCAACAAAAAGAACAAAACUUCACAAAAUAUUCACAUCGGCGGCAUCUUCAUUUGGAUACAUCGCUGCUACAGCGACACGCCGUUGCAAUUUCAACGUUUUUUAUUAUUUUCGGAUUACUUUGUGCUGCGAUUUGUGUCAGUGGGCAAGUUGAUGGCUACACUGCGGGCGUAGAUUAUCCUGCCUACGAAUCGGUGCCAAAAGGACUUUCAUUCAAAUGCCGGAACCGACUUCCUGGCUACUAUGCUGAUACGGAGACACGUUGUCAGAUCUGGCAUUGGUGUCUGCACUCUGGCCACCAGUACUCUUUUAUAUGUCCCAAUGGCACCGUUUUCAACCAAGCAGUACGCGUUUGUGAUUGGUGGACGAAUGUUAACUGUCCAGUAGCUGAACAAUUGUACAAAAACAACGAUGAGCUAUACCAAACCACCGAACCGAAUCCUCAGCAGUACCUCUGAUAUAAGGCCAAUCAUAUAAAUCAAUCCAGCUUAUUAAGCCAACAAAAUCAAAAUUAUCAAACCCAACGGCAACGACAGC